AUGCCGUCGACGCCCGCCACUCCGCAUCGCCCCUCCAACCGUGGGGGAAGCGCCAAAUCUUCCCCAACGAAAUCUAAACCUCUAGAUAUUGGAGUGCCCCUGGGAGUAUAUGACACCAAUUCUGUGCGGGAGAAGGUCCGUAAGUGGCAGCAGCAGGGAGGCGGGGUCAUCACUGCCACCGACGUUGUUUACUACGAGGACGACAAUGAAAAUUCGACGAGCGAAGCGAAAUCCAAGCCCGUUAAGGGUGCUACGAGGAAGCGCAGCAACAGCACUCCCAGAAAACGCCUGAUCAGCGAUGAGCAUUGGAAGUUGAACCGGACUUCUACUCAAACCCCAACGCCGAAAGUAUCGCCCCCGAAGCGUAUUUCCCAGUAUACAGUCAACGAUCCGUUACCAUCUCCUAGACUGGGGCGAAAGGAAGGUCGGAAAGAUGGAGAAGAGCGAUCGGCGCCAUCCUCACGCAGCCGCGACAGGGACAGAGCUGGAGGCGCAUCUGACUCGACUAUCAAGGAGCGUAGGAAAUCUCGAGCUUCUCGAGAUGUGGAUUCGGCGACCGAGUGCAAGACUGAGGACGAGGUGCAACAGAAGGGGUCUUCGAAGUCUACGUCGCGGCCAGGGACGGCAAAUCGCUCUCAGUGUGGAGACGCUUUAGAGCCGCUGGAAAGUUCCAAGAAAAAGGGAGAAGUGACUGAGGACGAUACGGAUUGGGCAGCAAGUGAAGCGGAUUUCUCGGAACUCUCCAGAAGGCGGGCACGAGGCCCUGGCCCUAAGACUCCGCCCAAGUCUCGCGCUCCACUCAAGCCGCCUAAGGGAGGUAUAUUCGGGCAUAUUCUGGAUGAGUCGCGCAAAAUGUUCGUGCGACCGGAGCCUCCCAAGCCGGCUCCUACUAGGGGCUCCAAAAUUGAGGCCUGGCUCUCCAGUACUUCUGAUCCGUUCCUGGAAGACAUGGAUCCCGAUGUGGAAGUUCCUGCACCCUUGAACACUAGGACGAACCGAGGGAAACCAUCGCAUAAGCGGGAAGACAAACAUGACCGCAAUGCAGAUUCUGGACCGUCUCCUGAGAGCGAGAGUCGUCGAAAGACCAGACGACAUGGGCGAAGUAGAGAAGGCUCAGCCGCCAGUGAGAGCAAGAAAUCCGAGGAGAGGAAAGCUUCCUCGAAACAGCUGAGAGAUGACUCUUCUCCUACCCACAGGAAGAAGUCCAGCGAACACAAGCAUAGCAGGUCAUCAUCAGUUGCAAAGCCGGCUACCGCCCGCGAUGCAGAUCUGAGGGCAGAUGAUCAUGACACAGAUACUCAGCCUUUCUCCGACGGUUCGGAGGUAUCCGGGAAUAACGCUCCUGUUCCUCUUAUCCGCAAACGACCCAUUCCCAGCACAGGCCUCCAUCGACUUUCGACUAUUGCCUCCAUUGAAACAAUGAGUGCAGGUGAUGAUGGGCAAUCGCAGGCGCUUGGACCUAGCUUUCUUCAAGACAAGUCCGCGCCAACACCGUCACAGACCAAAGAUGAUGCGGAGGAGAGAGAUCAGUUUGACCCAAAUUCGCUUCCAGUUGUCUCUUCUCAGUUGAAGAGGCGACUCACCACACAUGAUGAUCUCAUGUCUGUACUUUCAGUUCCAAAUACGCGCAGUAGAAGCUUACGCUCUGCUCGUAGCCUACGAACGAACAAGAGCCGCGCAACUAAUGCUACCGUCGCUGACCUGCUCAAGGAGUUAGCGGCCGACGAAGUGAAAUACAUGCGCGAGCUCAAGACUCUCGUCGGCGGCGUAAUACCCGUUCUGUUGACUUGCGUCCUCUCAAGGUCAGACUCGGCUAUUGCGGCGGGUCUCUUUCGACCAUCAACUGAUCCGAAAGACGAGCUGAACUUUACUAAGCCGAUAGUCGAUAUGGGUGUGGCCAUCGAGCGCUUGAAGACGCUGCAUAAGCGAAUUCCGCAAGAUAACUCGGAUUCCUUGCUAACUUGGGCCCAGGGAGCUCAGCGAGUCUACCGCGAAUACCUUCGAGCCUGGCGAUUAGGCUUCAGAGACGUUAUCGUUAACUUGGCCCCUCUCGAAGAGGGCGAGGUCGCUCAGAAUGCUGAUACGAAGAGCUUGGAUGAGGGAAUGGCUCGAGACGAAAACGGUGAUGUGGUCAACAGUGAAGGCGAGAAGGUGGAUGUGGCUUAUCUGCUCAAACGACCGCUGGUGCGACUGAAGUACCUUGCGAAGACCUUCAAGGGCAUCAACAUGCUCGCUCCGUCUGCUAAAGCCGAAGGAAUAGCCUCGGUCUAUCAGAAUCUGGUCGCGGAAGCUCGUCGCCGCGCAAGAGAGGAACGAGCAAGACUUGAAGACGAAUCCGCUGCCAGUAUUGACUCAACUCGUGCGCGUGAUCCUGCGACCCUAGGAGCCCUUGCUGAUGUGACCAUCGACAAGACUCGACGCGUCCGCGCUCGUGACUUCUUCAAUCUGUCUCUGUAUCAUUCCACAGGCCAGGUCGUAGACUGUCGGGCGGAGCUUCUUUUAAGAGACAAUGGCCCAGAUACCGGGGCGGGCGGGGACCUGCUGAUUUGUGAAAUUGACCACGCGGAUCGUUGGCUGCUAUUCCCUCCAAUGGACCUGACGUGCGUUUCUGCGCGUAAUGGAGACCUUAAGGGGGAGAUUGUGGUCAUGUUGCGUAGCCCGCCGGGACAGACGAAAGCGUGGCAGGAGUUGUUAUCGCUACGGAUCGACGAGGAGGAUAUAGCAUUUGAAUGGGUUCAACUAUUGGGAACGAACCCACCACCACCAGCCCUCUGUCGGACCCAGAGCUUCAUUGAGAGAGCAAAGCAACGACAAAGAGCGCAAACGGCUCCUUCAAGCGAUGUAUCGCCGGCUCAAAAGGCGCCACCUAGUCCUACAAGUGUGGAUAUACCUAUUGGAGAAAGGCCCACAUCGCGAACCGCUCGGCGGUCUUCAACCCCUAAGGAAUUCUUGUCGGAACCCAGCACUGUUUGUGGGACCACUUCAGCUAUCGAGUCAUCCGUCUACUCUGCAAUUACUCGCGAGUCGGAUUAUGCUUCAACACCACAAUCUACACCAUCAAUACUCCACGCUCGUGACCCGCGCAGGACUCCCCUAGUUGAUGAAAGAGCGUCAGCAGGCCUGAAACGAUCGAAGGCUAAGCGAGUUCACCGGCCUGGAGAAAGCUCCCCGUCAAGCCCGCAGAAAGAUGCGCUUUCAGACAAAGAGCAGGUGUCAGCGACUCCUCGUCGGGAUCGUCACGAAGAUCAGAAGCCUGUCCACUCACCGCUCGUUGUUCGCGAAAAGAAGCCUUACACGGAGCAGCAAUCUCCAAAAUCUCCCAUAAGAGACACGGUUGACCAGGUAUCUCCGCGAGUAUCGUCUGUGCCCUCAAUGGACCUGCCCAGCAUACCCAAGAUCAGGAAGGGCAGUAGUCAAAGUUACAUAACUGAGUCGUUGGCAUCAGUAUCGGACGACGAGGAGUAUGCUCCUGUGGACUCGUACAGUCUACCAGGAAGCCCCUCAAAAAGCAAGGGUCACUCUCGAUCGAACUCCGACUCGAGUCAAACGAACGACGAGCAGCCUCCGCCACCUCCUCCACACAGUCGUUCACCGAGCUCCACCGGGCCGAGUCUGCCGAACACCCCUGUUCUCAGUCCUACCAAUGUGAGACAGAGAAGGCGCGGAUCAUCGCCAUUGAAGCACGAAUAUGAGCCUUCUACAGCAUCAGACACCUACUCCGAUUCAGACACAUCCACCGUGCGACGCUACGACAUGUACUCGGAUUCUGAUUACACUGCGUCGGACACGUCGGAUGGAGACUCUGAGGACGAGCUCGCCUCCUCCUUACCUCCCGUCGAUGCACACAACCUUGCCAAAUCUACCCUGGCCGCAUCAUCUAACAGCUCGCUAUCACCCUCGAAUUCUGCAUCUCAGGGUGGAUAUAGAUCCGUUCCUUCGCAGCCUACAAAAUCUUCUGCUGCCGUUGCCUCUGUCUUUGCAUGGUCCGAAAAAGGGACAUGGGAAGCUGUAGCUCCCACGGACUGCAAGAUUGUAGUCAGCCCUGGGCUCAUCGAGGCGUAUGAGAUGAACUCCAAGGCCAUGUCCGACGUGGAUGCUGAAGAGCAUAGAAAUCAAGGACAGCUGCUAGUUGCCCUCGAGCUCACACCACUGGUGCCCAUCCGGCGGGGUACCGCCAUCGAUAUUAGCGUUCGUUCGCCUCCGACUGAGAAAUCGAAGAUCAAUUGGAGCAACAAUAUCAUGUUCCGUUCUCGGAAUGCAGACGAGUGCGAGGCGCUGUACGGUCUCAUAAAUCAGGCACGUAUCAACAACCCAACCUACAUUGCUUUGCAAAACGCGCGUGGCCGUUUUGCGAACCAGCCCGUUCCUAUGGAACGUUCAACGAAGACUGGAAGGUGGUUCGGAUGGCCCCAACGCCGAAAGAGCUACCGCGCGUCGAAUUCGCCUCGAUCGCUAGCCGACCACUCUGAGAGCAGUGUUGGGACCAUGAGUAGCGCGUUCUCGGCGUUGAAGAAAUUUGGAACCGGAAGCAAGAUGUUCAAUCUCUCGCGCUCGUCAAUCACUUCCCGGAGCGCAAAGGACGAUAGCCUGCACUCAAGCUCUGCCGGCUCUGGUUCGCAUCAUUCAUCUUCCGGCAUCGGCAGAAUAGCCGCUGCCAUGAAGGGCGCCGAUGGAAUCGGCCUGUCCAACGCCAAGAUCCGGUUGUACGUGCGCGAGACUCAAUCGAAGUGGCGUGAUAUGGGCGCUGCCAGACUCACAAUCAUGCCCGCUCGCUCCGCACCUCGCCGCCCAGGCACGUCUGGCAGUAGACGCAGUGAUACCAGCGUCGGCGCCGACGAAGGUAGCCCGCCAACCUCUGGAUCCGUCUCGCCUCGGCAGGCCACCGAACUGGAGAAGCGCAUCGUCGUUCGUGGCAAAACACGUGGCGAAGUACUGCUCGAUGUUUGCUUGGGUGAAAGCGCUUUCGAACGUGUCGCAAGGACCGGUAUUGCUGUGUCUAUCCCAGAGGCUAAUGACGGAGCCAUGCCAAAAGAAGGUGGUGUCAUAGGCAAAUUUUCGAAGAUAUAUAUGAUUCAGAUGAAGAGUGAAGCUGAGGCAGCAUACACGUUUGGACUUGUUGGAAAGCUUAGAUAUUAG